AUGUCGACAUGGGUAGAAGAGCGGUUUCCAGACAUUGUGGUGGGGAUUGAUUUUGGCAUGACAUGCACAGGUUGUGUCGCCUACACGAUCGGUCCGGAAUGGGGUCCACCCAAAACGAUCCAGCGAUGGCCUGGCAAGCUGCUCAGCGAACUUGCCAACAAAGUCCCGACGAGUCUUGUUUACCGGCCAGACGGAAAGACGCCUGCAGAAUGGGGAUUCGGUUGCGAUACGGAAGACAAUACAUCAGAGAUAAAGGAGUUCUUCAAGCUGCAUUUGGCACCGCAGAGCGCGAGCGAGAGCGAGAGCACGGGAACGAGCAUAACGAGGAAGGAAGCCCGGCGCUGGUUCCAGGAUUACAUAUCGUGCAUUUAUAAGCAUGUUGUGACUCAUUUUCACGGGUCUAUUCCGGGAUUCGAGAAGAUGCGCGUAGAAUUCAUCUUCAGCGUGCCGACGACAUGGAAAGAUGUUCGCUUGAUUGAGGACAUACGCAGGCUGAUUGCCGAGGCAAUCAAGGCCGGGGCUCCUAACCACUGGGCUUGUAUUGGACUCACAGAGGCUGAGGCGGCAGCGGUAUAUGCCUGUCACCGGAGAUACGAUCCUGGUUUGCGACUCGGGUGGAGGGACUACGGUGAGAUUGCUCCUAUGGAUUCGCUUAUCGUUGAACGGCUGUCUAAAGUAAGGGAUGAAUUAGAGCACACACCUGAACAUGUUGCAUGGAAGAUGCUAUCGGGUCGCUUCCAGCGGUUAAAAUGCGCCUUUGGAACUGACGUCGCACGCACACCCAUGCUCAGCCUUGAAGUGCCCUUCUUAAAAAACUCGAGAACUGAUUUACCAGUUGCCGGUAUCUACGAUGGUCAGAUGAGUAUUGAAUGGGAACACAUUCAGCGUUCCUUUGACAAGAAAAUCAACGAAAUGUGCGAGCUACUUGACCGCCAGAUCCAGAACAUGGAGACAAAAUAUCCUCAAGAUCGUAUUUCAUAUCUUAUUCUCUCGGGUGGGUUUGGAAGCUCUCCCUACGUUAGGGAUCGUCUACAUCAACGAUAUGCAGUUCCAGGAGUAGCGAAGCAUCCCAAUGUCCUCGGCCUGCAGGUGCUCAUGGCGGAAGAGCCACAGCUUGCGGUUGUCCAUGGACUGCUUCUUGACCGAAUCCAGCAGUUGAAACGCGGAGUGGUGAUGUUUGGGUCCAGACGGUCACCGGUCAGCUACGGCAUUAUCUGUGACCUGAUAUAUGAUCCGGAAAAGCAUAUAGGAGAGCCAGUCCGGCGAGAUCCAAGAGACAACAAUCUUUAUGCCAUUGACCAGAUUGAGUGGCUGAUCAUCCAGGGCCACACUGUUCCUCACACGGGUAUAUCAAAGGAUUUUCAGCUCAAGAUAAAGCCCGGCGAGGAGCAUCUUCCUUGGAAAGUCCAUGUCGUCAUGUCCACGAAUCCCCCCGAUUUGCUACCACAGAGCAUGAAGGGCAAAGGCGCGCAGCAUGUCUGUAGUUUAGACAUCAGUACGGAUGACGUGGACCGGAAAAUGAAGAAUAGAAGGUGGUAUAACAUGCGUCCGCGGUAUUGGCGCGCUUUAUUUGAGGUUCGAGUGGUCGUUGGCGCGGCGGAUCUGACGUUUCAGCUAUGGUCAAAGGACCAAAGGAUUCGAAGUAGCCAGCAUGAGCCGAUAAGGGUGCAAUGGAUGCCAGCGGCGGCAAAUGAAUGA